AUGCGGCGCGCACGAUUCCUGGAACAGGAGCGAAGACAAGAGGCGGAGAGGAGCAUCAAGUACAGAGGUACAGCCAGGAUCAAGCUCGACGCGCUUCAUUUUCCGUGCGAAGAAUCAAGAGAGCCGGAUAAGAAUAAUGUUGAGAGACUGAAAAAUUUAUUUCACGGGGAGGGUGGUUGCCGUCGACUGGACCUUCGAAAUCACAUUCCUGCCUUCAACAGCCAGCCGCAGUUAGAGGCUGUCACAGAAGCUAUUGAAAUCUCCACUGAGAGGCUCCUAGAGGAUGCACGUGGUGGUUAUCCGGAGCCAGAUUUUCCGCCCGGUUAUCGGCGCUGGAAGGUAGACCUGUAUCUCAAAGAUCUCACCCAGGAACUGGAGAAGACCCUGAUUGAAGAGUACUCGGCUGAAAAGGAGCCCGACGAUGGCGAGAUCUACAGCAAAAUCCGCAAAUAUCAAGGAUACAGGGGAGCGGGGAUUCCAUACUUCGAGAAACGAUGGGCUGGUAGGGGGAUGAGGUUGAGCACGACGCAUACAAUGUUUGCCACGAGAUGCCAAGAGGAAAAUCUCUGCUAUGUCGAUGAUACUAUUAGGGACUUCUGGACCAAGAAGAUCUUUCGAGAAGACCGAGAGAUCUUCGGUGCUUUCAACGAGCAAGACCGCGGAGAUAUAUGGAGCAGGGUGCUCUCCGCCUCAGCUGACCGCUUAAUCCCUUCUCUCUUCAGCUUUUUCGAGGACAUCAACUACCUCAAAAACGUCGCCGAAGGUGUGAAGAGCCGCCGAGCUUCAAGAACUUACACAAGAAGGUCAAUCACCCCAACCUACGGCGAACUUCAAACCACGGCAGACCAAGAAGUCGUCGGAAAUCCCAUCCACAGUACGCAGCCUGGCACGGAUUCUUCAGCAACUAAUAAUAGCAACUCAAUAUCUGGCUCAGGUAAGAUACCAGAUCAUGUCACUAACUCCGAAGAACAGAUUCAGGCUGUUGAGCCGCAGAUUACAAGACAAUCGAGUGACCAGGGACCAGACCUUCGAAGUGUUCGCAUGAAAUAUAAGAUCCGUGAUCGCGGCGUUUGGAAGGUUCCACAUACGCCUCUGGUUGAUCCUUCCGACCCAUCGGAGGCCAGGCGGGUAGCGAUAAAGUACAUGAGAAAACGGAUUCACAUGUUCGACACAAGCUUCUGCAUGCUAACACCCCAAACGUAUUUUGAGGAUGUUACUGCAGAUGGCACAAACACAAUACUUUUGAUUCCGGAAUGGGACAUCGACACGGACAAUCUUCCAACUUCUGUGUCUGAGGAGCGCCCUGAUUUACAGACGAAUUCAGAAGCGGACCCCUCUAUUCCAGAGCUCAAUCCAGAGAAUGGUUCAAAAGGUGAAGAGCUGUUCAUAAGAGAGGCGCCAGGUGCGAUUCAAGCUGCACAUACGAUCGCCACGAGUCUCGCCUUCUCUCCACCUUCACCGCAGAUGGCCUAUCAGCGUGCGAUGACAAGCCAUACGAGACGCUAUUGUUGGCAUCAAGGCUUUGUGUCGUCUGCUUUGGGAAUCUUUAAGGCCCCAUCGUACGAGAAGUCAAUUGCUGUGGGCAGGAAACUAUUGAAAAGGCGCAUUCUCUCGUACAAGUACACCCAAGGCCAGUCUGGUGACCGCGACGGUGACUUAUAG